AUUGGAAAAAUGAAACGGCGGAAGCAAGACGAAGGGCAGGUAUGUCCCCUCUGCAGCCGCCCUCUGUCAGGAUCCGAGGAGGAGAUGAGUAGGCAUGUGGAACAAUGCCUUGCAAAGAGAGAAGGUUCCUGCAUGACUGAGGAUGACUCUGUGGACAUCGAGAAUGAGAACGGCAACCGCUUUGAAGAGUACGAAUGGUGUGGGCAGAAGAGAAUACGGGCCACUACUCUCCUGGAGGGAGGAUUUCGAGGUUCUGGGUUUAUCAUGUGCAGCGGCAAGGAGAAUCCAGACAGUGACGCUGACCUGGAUGUGGAUGGAGACGACACACUUGAAUACGGGAAACCACAGUACACAGAGGCAGACGUUAUCCCUUGCACUGGGGAAGAGCCAGGUGAAGCCAAAGAGAGGGAGGCGCUCCGAGGUGCUGUUUUAAACGGUGGCACACCCAGUACUCGAAUAACACCGGAGUUUUCUAAAUGGGCCAGUGAUGAAAUGCCCUCAACGAGUAACGGUGAAAGCAGUAAACAGGAGACCAUGCAGAAGACCUGUAAGAAUAGUGACAUUGAAAAAAUUACAGAAGACUCUGCAGUGACAACAUUUGAAGCGUUAAAGGCUCGUGUCCGUGAGUUAGAAAGGCAGCUUUCCCGUGGGGACCGCUAUAAAUGUCUCAUUUGCAUGGACUCCUACACAAUGCCCCUGACUUCCAUUCAGUGCUGGCACGUGCACUGUGAAGAAUGCUGGCUGCGGACUCUGGGUGCCAAGAAGCUCUGUCCCCAGUGUAACACCAUCACGUCUCCCGGAGACCUUCGGCGCAUCUACUUAUGAAGGACCCAGCGGGAGGGCAGGACCCAGCUACUCGGCUCAGCUCAUCACACCAAGGGGGUGAAGAACGACAGCAACAAAAAAAAACCCAUAAAGACGUUUUAAAAUUUAAAGAAAGAAAACAAACCAGAGACUCCAGACAAGGACUCAAGGAUACAGGAGCAGUGGGGAGCCUCUGCUCCCAGGUCCCGCAUGUUGAGACCUCCUUCAACAUGUGCAGCGGGCAAAACCAAACCCUUUGUUGUGAAGCCCCCUUUUUUAAAACCAGUAUUCCCCCUCCACCUGUUCCCUGGAGCUGGCUUUGCAUCGUGGAUGGCUCACGAGCCCUCCUUUGGACUGUGUCGUUGACCACUCUGCCCCCAGGAGACUGGGGAAGGGACCCUCGACAGAAAGAUGUUAAAUAACCUGUAACUUGUGUUCUUUGUUCAGUUUUUUGUUCUGUUUUUAUUUGUUUCGGUUUGGUUUUUGGUUUGGUUCUGUUUUGUUUUUUUGUGGUGUUCUAGUGAUAAAAAAAAAGGUUUAAAGAAAAAAAAAAAAAAC